AUGAAAGACUAGAAAAGGAGACAGAAUGGAAUCGUUUCUUCAAAUAUCAGACUCUAACUAACUGUAUUGGAAUUACCUCUGUUGGAAGCGAAAUGUUUCCUGUAAUUAGUCAUGUGAUGAUGGAGUACUUGACACCACAUAUUCUUUCUGUUGAAUAUGUUGAAAUAGCCCAGUGUUUGUAUUUUAAUGCGAUAAGAACUGGAGUAGAAAUAGUCGAUUCAUAUAAUGAG